AUGCCUCUACAGCUACUCCCUGCAUCGGCAGCGGCCUUCGCUCCUCGAUCGGCUCCGACAAUUGUGCUAGGCUCGCGGGUCGAGACAUGGCUCACGCAAACUCUCAAACGCAUCAGUCGCGUCAAGCGUCCUCUCAAUAGCGUUCCCCAGCACUACCGUUUCCUGACAGAGACUCUGGGCGCUCCGUCUGCCAUCUGGCUGUUGUCAACACUCAUGUUACCCAACGCUCCCAACUCGGAGCUGCGCAAAGACUCGGAUCCGCUGAGAGAAGCCAUGGCCAACUACACCCUGACACCUGUCCAAGCAUACGUCGUUCAUGUCGACAUGGUCUCUCAGCACGAGGUCGCCUUCAAGUUGACCCAGGAUACCAUCGACGCUCUGAUAGACUACCACAACGACAUUUACUCGGUCGAUAUUGCCGCCAGUACAUAUACCUGGCCAGAGAAGGACGACCAGAUCAAGAAAAUGCAGGAGGCCUUUAUUCAAGCUGUAAACCGCUUUGUCUACCGUACAUCUGUCCGCGCUCUUGAGGGUAUGGAGGAUGAGGGUGCUGGUGAGCUGCUUGAAGGUCGUAGUGACGACGUCAAGACUGCCAUCAUGAAUUUAUUCCUGCCUCUCCUGCCGCCUCCUCCGCAGAUCGUCGACUUGAUCGCCCCGGCUCCCGUCAUGCCAAAUUCGUCUUGUGUACCUGGUCAUUGGUGGCCGUCUGCCCAAGCCUACGCUCUGAUACCCAACCCUGUGGAUCCGUGGCAAGUCUUGCCUUCGAAUCCUGGGACAAGUACCCCUUGUGCUCCGUCAUCUCAGUACUGGUCGACGCUUGGCAUGGAUCCUGUUCAGCUCCCUUCUCCGACACCAUCGUACAGCCAAUCACCUGUCUCUGAGCCGCCCUUCUACACCUCGGCACAAGUGGGCAGCAGUAUCUCUGCCGUCUCUAUGCCUAUGGUCCCUUUGCCGAGUGCCUUGCCUUCUUGCGGCACAAGUAUGACGAAUACCGGCUUUGACAAUCUGGGCUGGAAUCUCAAUGCCUUUGCGCCGCAGUAUGCAACUAUCUAA